CUGUAAAUUUUAUGCAUUGGAAAACCAGUCUUCUAUUUAUGCUGAAACUAUGGCGAGUAAAAAACGCGAAGAAGAUGCUAAAAAACUACGCCAUAAACUAGAGGAGAAACGUCAAAAAGAAUUAGACAAAUUAAGUAACAUGGAGCGCAUGAAAAUGAAAAGAGAGGAUCGACGUAGAAAAACAGUGAUGCUAUCUCGUACGGCAAAAGAAAGACAACGCUUGAAUCGGUUCAAAAUAGAAGCUCAAUGGAAACCAGGAUUCAUAUCCGAUGCAGAGGAACGAUUACGCGACACUUGGAUGAGUAUGCGUACGGAAAUGUUAAGAACCAUGAAAAUUGUCCCAUAUGUAUAUUGUGUUUUAUACAAGUCUGGAAAUCUUACGCGCACCGAUAUAUUGAAUUAUCCUGACCUUUACAAAUCUCUAGAACAUGGCAUUGAUGUAUUAUCUGACCCGCAGUAUAUGUUGGAUUAAGUAAUAUCGAUAGUUAUAUUUAGUUGAAAUUUCAAAAAUACAUAAAAUUAAACGUAUUUUAA